UGAGUCAUUCAGUACUGGCCAGUAGCAGAGUCCGGGUAGAACUGUGGAAUGCUGAAUCUCGUGCAGGAAGUCAGCUUAAUGUGAAGAAAAGAGGAACACCGCGGGCUCAGUGCCUGCCAGAAAUUUAAAAACCUGACAUUUAGAGGAAGCCCUUCGGCUACGCUGUCAUUUGAGUGUAAAGGCACUGAACCGACCUUGAAGAAAUAGGGAAGAGAAGAUGGCAAGUAAUGCAACUGAGAAGGGAGCAGCUAAGGUCCGUAUUUCUAAAGCUCUCUCAGAGGGUGAAAAAACAGCUACUGCUGCUAGAAAGGAAGAAGUGAAGAAAGGCCUUGGCAAGCUUAGGAUUCCAUAUAAUGAGGACCAAAUCCCAAAUAUUGCUGUCCUGGGAUCAGGUGGAGCUGUGCGGGCCAUGAUUGCUCUCUAUGGGACCCUAGCAGAACUGAAGAAAUACAACCUCUUGGACUGCAUGAUGUAUUUGGGUGGGGUGUCAGGUUCCACCUGGUGCAUUUCAGCUCUCUACAAACAUGAAGACUGGGCAGAGAAAAUAGAAGCCUUAGAAAAAAGUCAGUGUGAAACCCUUGUCAAAGGCCAGUGGGAAUCUCAGAAGGCAAUGAAAGCUGUGAUCGGGGCUGCGGAAGAUGAAUGUUACUCUUUGACUGAUUUCUGGUCCUAUUUCCUUGUGCAUAAACUGCUAAACGAGCUUGAUGAGUCUGAACUGUCUGUGCACAGGGGAGCUUGUGAGAAUGGGAAAAACCCUUACCCGAUCUAUACUGCUGUGGACAAGCAAACCUAUGAGCAACAACAUGCAGGCACCUGGUUUGAAUUCACCCCACACGAAGCUGGGGUUCCUGGCCUGGGAGCAUAUGUAGAUAUGAAGCACUUUGGGAGCAUAUUUGAAAAUGGGCAACUGACUGAAGAAAAGAAGAAAAGAAAUAUCUGCUAUUUGCAAGGUUUAUGGGGAAGUGCCCUUGGAAGCGAACAAGAACUCUAUAGGACUAUAAUAGAUUCUUUGCUGAAUUAUCUAAAACAAAAGAGAUCAGGAGACUCUUCCUCAACUUCAACAAACUUAGAUCAAGAUGACCAGAAACUUAAGACACUCUAUGAGGGUUAUCAGUCCAUUCUAGAGCUUCACCUCUGUGAAACAUCAGAUGGAAGGACAGCAGAUAAGCAUUUUGACCGCCUCCGCAACAUUUUGAAAAACCAUAGUUCCAGCAGAAGCUAUGAAUUGCUUAGAGAGAUCUGCAAGACCUGGUUUUCUGCUAAUGCAGAAACAAGAAAGAAAGACUGUAUGAGACUGUGUCAAGCACUGGACCUGGAUUUUGGAGGUUUUUCCAGUGAUUCCCUCCAUGUUUUACAUGGUGUGGUGAGAAAGACGUAUUCAUGCCUUUUGAACUGGACAUGGGGAAGCACUAAUAACUUUCUGUACCACUGCUCGGAUGUUGAAUGUCCUGACUUGACAAGUAAACAGGUUGUCUCUCUGAUUGAUGCCGGCCUGGCGAUAAAUACUGCUUACCCACCCCUUCUUCAGUCUGAGAGGAAAGUGAAGCUGAUCCUCUCCUUUGACUUCAGUGCCGGAGAUCCUUUUCUGACCAUUAAGAAAGCCAUGAAAUACUGUGAGGAACAUGGAAUCCCAUUUCCCAACAUAGAUGAGAGAGAGCUGCAGGACACGGAUGAUUUGAAGGAUUGCUAUAUCUUCAGAGGAGAUGCAGAAUGUGUCCCGACUGUCAUGCACUGUCCACUGUUCAACAAAGUCAACUGUUCAGAUAAAAUUCAUGAAUACAGAGAACAGUUUUCUACAUUCAAGAUGAGCUAUUCGAAGGAGGAGAUUGAAAAGUUGCUGACUGCAGCAAAGCAAAAUGUAGCAAAUGUUCAUGAAAAGAUCUUGCAGGAGAUCAAGAAUGUUGUAGGUCCUCCUUCAUAAAAGGCUUAAGUAAAGUUUUUUCCUCUUCAACA